AGAUUUUUUAGAGUCUCCUCUCUAUUAUCUCUCUGGCUCCUCUUGAUCUAGUUUUUUAAAUAAUUUUUAUAAAUUUUAUGUGAUAGUUACAGAUACACGUUAUAUAUGUGUGUAUGUAUAAUCUAUCUAUAUUGAUGGAGACAAUAACCAUUCGUACCUGACCAUUUCUUCUUGUAAUACUUUUUUUUAUUCUUCUUUCUCUUUUUUUUUUCCCGUCUCCCAGAUCUGCUUCCUCAAUCUUACCAUUGGAAAGCUUCAAGCUAUUUUCAGGGGACAGGACCAAACAGUUAGUUGGAUCGUAGAGGAAGAAAGCCAUGUACUUCUUCGGUUUGUCCAAAGAAGAAGUGUUGUCACAGAAACAUGUUGUAUCAUAUAAAGAGACUUUUAAGCAGAAUCCAGUCACUCUGUUUGGGAGACAGGUGUAUCCGGUGAAUAGCAAGACCUCCAUGUCUGUUGAUGGGUCUAUGAAGAUGAAAGAUAUCGAUCUUCGUCUUCCUGGAGAUCACUAUGCUCAUUUAGAGACUGGAUUUCAUUCAGCGUUUGAAGCUAAUAAGGAGAAAGAAGCGUUGGCCACAAACUGGAGUGGCAAGAGAGACCCAAAAAUUGUUAUUGAUCUUGAAGAGCUUCCCACAACUGAGGAUGGUACUGAAACAGAACCAUCAUGCUUAGCUGGUCAGAUCAGCUCAUACAGUCUAAAGGUGGUGGAUCAACCUCUUGUAAAUGAUGGUAGUGCAGGUUUACUAGAUCUAAAUAGAACCCCGGAUGAUGAGUUGGUCUUCCAACCCGAACCUCAUUUCUGUUUCUUACAAGAUCUCAACUGUCCUUACGUCGAAGAGACUGAAACAAGCUGCGAGAAGAGUGGAGUAGAUGAUGGUCCUACGUCACAUAGCUCUCCUAAAUGCCAAAAUGUACAUGAAAAGGACGGUACAGAGUCUCCAGCUUCAGAUACUUCUUGCUGCACCACUGAAAACAACUUAAGAAGAGGUUCACUGGAUCCUUCUUGCCGUACCCGGCUUGAGUUUCCUGUCUUACUAGAGAACGAACUUUGUAAUGAGGAGGAGGAGGAAGAGUUCUCUGAAGUUAUGCUAAUGGCAGCUGAAUCCUUAGUCCACAUAUCAGCAGUUUCAUAUCAAAAUCAAGACUGUCAAGAUAAGGUCGAUAAGGGUAACGUGGAACCGAGAUGCUGCUCCUGCGAUUCAUAUGAGCUACACACAUUAGGAAUAAGAGAAACCAACACGGAAGAAGAGUUCUGCGUGUCAUCAAAGGCUAUGGAUAAGCUUAAUAACAUCACAAGAGAGGACAAGAAAGAGUUUGGACUCAAGCUGAGGAGAGGAAGGAGAAUGAAGAACUUUCAGAAGGAGAUUGUCCCGAGCUUAGCGUCCCUCUCAAGGCACGAGAUCCGUGAAGACAUGAACAUCUUGGAAGCGGUUUUGAGAUCAAGAGAGUACAAGAAGAUGCAGGGGAAAACGAGAGAUGUCAAACUCGGAGCAAACACAAGAAACAAACGUUCGGUGUCGCAGAGGUACGUCGGUAAAAGAAGGUGAAAACAUGAAUGAGUUUUAUAUAUCUUCAUGGGUUUCAGAUUCUAUCUUUCAAUUGCUUCAUUGUGUAAUCUUUUAACAGUCUUUUUUUGUUUAACUAAGGACAUUGAUUAUUGUAUGAGGAAAAAGCUAGUGAGCCGAUGACAUUAUGUUUCUCAUUCUUUCUCAAAAUGUUACUUAAGUAGCUA